AUGACCCGGGCCCUUGCACUUUGUGCCUACCUGCUGGCGGUGCAGGCCGAACCCUCCAUAGAGGUACAUAUUGUUGCUCACACACAUGAUGAUGUUGGAUGGCUUAAGACUGUCGAUGAGUAUUAUACCGGUCAGAACAACUCGAUCCAGCAUGCUUACGUGCACAUGAUCCUCGACACGGUGGUUCGAUGUUUGGAGCAGAACCCAAACCGCACAUUCACCUACGUGGAGCUGGCCUUCUUUGUCCGCUGGUGGAGGCAGCAAGAUGACUCGACCAAAGCGCUGGUGAAGCGCUUGGUCAGCUCUGGACAGUUGGAAUUCAGCAAUGGCGGCUGGUGCAUGCAUGAUGAAGCCGCACCACACUACUUAGACAUGAUUGAUCAGACAACGUUGGGGCACAAGUUCCUCAUGGAAGAAUUUGGUAUCGCUCCCCGGACUGGUUGGCAGCUGGAUCCUUUCGGGCACUCUGCCACACAAGCUGCGCUUCUUUCUGCGGAAGUUGGCUUCCAGGGGCUCUUCUUCGGUCGUAUUGAUUACCAGGACCUCGCCUUGCGUAAAGACAAGAAGGAGGCCGAGUUCAUUUGGCGUGCAUCUCCAUCUCUUGGAUCUGACGCCCAAGUCUUCAGCGGGCUUACAGGCGAAUACGGUGGCAAUUAUGGGCCGCCCAGUGGCUUCGACUGGGAUGCCUUUAGCUCUGACGAAACAAUCCAAGAUGACCCGCAGUUAGAGGAUUACAAUGUGAAGUCGCGUGUGGAUGACUUCGUCAAGGUUGCCAUGGUUGAGGCUAGCCAAACCAGGGGGCGCCACAUCAUGAUGACCAUGGGCUCUGAUUUUCAGUAUGAGGACGCGUUUACUUGGUUCUACAACUUGGACAAGCUUAUUCAGCACGUGAAUGCGGAUGGCCGUGUCCAUGUGUUCUAUUCGACUCCGGGGAGAUAUGUCGAUGCCAAGAAGAGCGAGCAGGUCACAUGGCCCCUCAAGGAAGAUGACUUCUUCCCAUACGCGGAUGGCCCUCAUCAGUUCUGGACUGGAUAUUUCACAUCUCGACCAGCUCUCAAGAGAUACAUUAGGGAUACAAGUGCGCUCUUCCAGGUGGCGAAGCAGAUCAGCGCGAUUGCAGGCAAUCCAACAUCUUCAGAACAGCAAGGCCUGGAAAAGUUGGCGGAGGCGAUGGGAGUCGCACAGCAUCAUGAUGCGGUCUCAGGCACCGCCAAGCAGCAUGUAACCUUCGACUAUGCCGAACGCCUGGCAAAAGGGAGGGCAGCUGCCGUGACGGGCAUCUCUGCAGCUCUCGGAAGACUGACGGACGCGCGUUCAUCUUCUGAGUUUUCCUAUUGCGACCUUCGCAACGUCUCCGUCUGUGCUCCAACGGAAGCCGUUGGAAAGACGAACAAAAGGGCCUGCUUUGCCCUCUGGAAUGGCCUGGGGCACGAGCGUGAGGAGCUGAUCGAGCUUCCUGUCAGCACGGACAAGGUGGAGGUGGUAAAUGGCAUGAGCAAUCAGGCUGUCGAGAUUCAGCUCGUUGAGUCUUUGCAGUCCCUUACCAAUUAUGGAGCACAAGCAGGAGGAGCUGCUCACACGCUUCUCGCGUUGGUCAAACUUCCAGCAGUGGGGCAUGCAAGCUAUUGUUUGCAGACUGCAGGCGCUCCAGCACCAAAAGCACAGCUUGCAAACAUCUCUCAAGGAGACUGUCAGGCUAUUGAGAACGAAAAUUUGAAGCUGUGGUUCUGUGCUGGUAUGCUGGCCAACAUCACCGACAAGCUCAGCAAAGUUUCGGCAAGAGCGGAGCAGUCGUGGAUGUGGUACAACGCAUCCUUGGGCAACGCGGAGAGCUCUCAGGCGAGCGGUGCCUACAUCUUCCGGCCCAACCGCUCCCAGGCCUUCCCUGUCUUCACGGGCUUGCCCUUCAUGCGGCUAUUCCGCGGCCCGCUAGCUGAUGAGGUCCAUCAAGAAGUAGGCUCCUGGAUUUCGCAGCGGAUACGUCUGGCACGUGGUUCGCGUCAUGUGGAAAUUACGCACACUGUACGUGAGAUCCCCGUGGAUGAUGGCUGGGGAAAAGAGAUUGUAUCCCGAAUAAGCACUGACCUCAAGAACAGCGGCGUUUGCUACACGGACAGCAAUGGGCGAGAAAUGUUGCAACGAAAGCGCGAUUACAGGCCGACUUGGAAGCUCAACCAAACUGAGGAAGUUGCAGGCAACUAUUACCCAGUGACGACAUCCCUUUUCAUAAGGGACGAGACGGCUCAGCUCACUGUGCUGACAGAUGUCUCCGAGGCAGGCACCGGCUGUGUGCGGGAUGGCGAGAUCGAGCUCAUGGUGCACCGCAGGCUCCUGAAGGACGAUGCCCGUGGCGUAGGCGAACCUCUCAACGAGACUCAGUACGUGACGCCCUACCUGGGAAGCGAUCAGGGACGACACUAUGGGCCUGGUCUUGUGGUUCGCGGCCAGCACUGGCUCCACUUCGGUGCGCCCGCGACAGCAGCGCGCAACUGGCGUCCCCUGAUGGACCGCCUUUACUUGCCAGUGCAGCCCUUCUUCGGGCAAGGCAGCCCCUCCAGAUCCUUUUCUGCCAUGCAGGGUGCUUUGCCUCCAAAUCUGGAGGUUCUCACCCUCGCCCAAUGGGAUGACGAGCACAUCCUCCUCCGCAUUGGGCACCAGUUCGGCCUUGGUGAGGACUCCGAGUUGUCAAAGCCCACUUCCGUCAACAUCAAGUCCCUCUUGGUAGGUGCAACGGUGAUCUCCAUUGAAGAGCGUGGGCUGGCAGCUACAAUCACCCGGGCCGAAGUCGAGCAGCGCCGUAUUGCUUGGCACGUGGAACAAUCACCUGUGCACCCUACGCCGCUGCAAUCCGAUGACUUCACCUUCGGCCCGCUUCAAAUCAGGACAUUCUUUGUGAAGAUUAAGCGCACGGAUAUGGCAAUGUUUAUUUGA